GUUUUCUUUCAGCCGGUUACAUUAUUUGAUUUAGAUAGCGAAUUUUCGUUGAUUUUCUUAUCUUUCAGGAAAUGUAUUUGUUGUGUGCAUAAAUGAUACAUCCUAGUUGAGUUGAAAGAACCGAAGAGUUCCGAAUUAAUUUCUAAUUACAAUUAAGUUUCAAGGAAAAUACCUAAGAAAUGGGUGUUUUACGGAUUUUAUUCUCCUCUGUAUCUUGUGUGUUGGGUUGGUCCUCGCUCGUGGCCUUCCUGAUUUUGAAUAACUAUCCUGCGGCUGUUUUGGGAUUUACGUCGGGAACUCUUGAUGCUAUAUUAGUUUUUUUGCAUUUUCUCGAAUAUAAAGGAAUUUUAUUCCAAUGGUACGAAAGGGUCGAUUUGAGAAGAUUUUGUAGAUUAGGCAUUUUCGUAUCGGGCCUCGGCAUUCUCUGCAUAGGAUAUUUCGCAACAAUUCAAAUCAUGCUGAAUAAACCCAUGCUACCAAUUCCAGAAAGCGGAGUGAUUCCUCUGGUGUGGUCGAUUGUGGUUUUAAGAAGCGGAACUUUUCUAAUUUAUUAUUCUCUAAAAUACCAAUUGGCGUACGACGAAUACUCCAACAGAAUUUUAAACUCAGAUGAACAGGCUUGAAAUGUGUAAAAAGAUCAGAAUAUCCCCUCAUUGUAAUUUUGAUUUUUAUUCUCAUUAACAUUAAUUACAAGUGUUAGGGUGAAGUUUAUAGCUGGUUCCAUAAAAGAACAUAUUACUUAUUGAAUAGAAAAGUCUUAUAUUUCUUUGGAAUAUGCACUGUGAAAGUUUAUUAUGAUACACCCUGUAUUAUAUCCUUUGUACUCGAAUCACGUCCAACGAGCAACUUUGACUAUUUCAUUUACUUGCCUAAAUUUUACGUUUGAACUUUGAACAGUCUGUGAUAUUUUUGUAACGUUAACACGUCGAACGCCAUAGCAGAGUAGGGUUUAAUAUUCAUAGGGUUUAAUAAAUUGUAAUAGGUAUAUAAAAAUUUCAAUUUUCGAUUAAAUGG